AUGCAGCCCUUUUCAUGGUUUUCGCUCGUUCUCAUCUUAUGGAAUGUCGUCGCCUUUGUCACGACGGACAUCGCCGAGCAUCCUAGCUGGAUGCUGCUGGAGCAUGAAAGAUGCGGAAACAGCAACGCCGAUCGAAUAAUAGGUGGAAGAAAUGCGUCUCUCGGAACUUAUCCGUGGCUAGCGAGGAUAGGUUACAACGAAGCUCCCACUAACUAUAGCCGUGAAAAGAACGAGCUGGCAUACAGGUGUGGCGGAUCGUUGAUAAACAAAUUGUACGUUGUCACGGCUGCUCAUUGCGUUGCUGAUCUACCGGUCAAAUUGAGAGUGGCCGGUAUCCGUGUCGGAGAGCACAACACGGCGACAGAUCCGGACUGUGAAAAUAAUUUCUGUGGCGAACCGGUGCAGGAUUUCGAACCAGAACAGAUAGUCGUUCACAAAGAUUAUAAUAAUCCACCGUUCAAAAAUGAUAUCGCCAUCAUCCGUUUGAACAAGCCGGUUAAUUACAGCGAGCUCGUGGGCCCGAUAUGUAUGGUCAGAGAUCACCUGCUGCGAAAGAACAUGAUCGGGGAAACGGCAGAAGUUGCGGGCUGGGGGAUCUACGACAUAUAUGAUCCGAAGCCGAGCCUUCUACUCCAGUCGGUCCGGCUUCCUAUCGUUGAUUCGGAUAGGUGCGUAACAGCAUUCAGGAAAUACGCUGACAUCGGGAAUCAGCAGAUGUGCGUCGGUGGUGUGAUCGGACAGGACUCCUGUGGGGGUGAUAGCGGCGGUCCUCUGAUGAAGGUCGAGGCCGUGGACGGGCCGCCAAAGUAUUACUUGAUCGGGGUCGUCUCAUUCGGCGCUAAACAUUGCGGGGAGUCGAGAACACCGGCCCAUAACACAUUACCUGCGUGUUUCGUUGUGUUGGACGACUUUGUUUGUUUUUUUACCCAAUUAGUAACGUUACCUGCAGCAACGAUGAACCGUGUCGGCUGUAGGAAUUGCGUACUGCCGGUACUCCUGCCGAUUCUGUUGCAUUUAUUUGUUCCUGUUUACUCACAAUCAUCUUACGGUCGUCAACAGCCCGACUGCCAGACCCCGCGGAGGGUCGCCGGCUACUGUGUUGAAAUAAGCCGGUGCCCCGAGCUGGUGCAACUGCUUCAGGUACGCCCGCAGCGCCCGGACACCUACGACUACCUCCAGCAGUCUCAGUGCGGGUUCCAAGGCCGGAACCCCAAGGUAUGCUGUCCCGCCGCCGAUGGAGUAGCGACGUCGACCCGGCCCGGCGGCGACCAGGUGAAUGCCGGAGUGGGCGCGAGCAACGCGUCGACAGGGUCGUCGAAUACUGCCACCUGGGAUCUCUCGUCGAAUCCGCAUCUUCCAAGCACUUGCGGACAGGAUCUGACCCAGAGACUGGUCGGAGGCGAGAAGGCGGACAUAUACGAGUUCCCGUGGAUGGCCCUUCUGGAGUACACGAAACCUAGCGGAAGAACAACCGCCUGCGGCGGAGUCUUGAUAAGCAAGCGUUACGUGAUGACCGCUGCCCACUGCAUCAAGGGUAAGGACCUCCCGUCGAGUUGGAAGCUCGUCGGAGUCCGGCUAGGCGAAUACGACACUAGCACCGACGUCGACUGCAUCCAGGCGUCCGAGACGCAAAGACUCUGCAUAGACCCCGCGGUGACGGUCGGCAUCGAGCAGCAGAUCGUCCACGAGGACUACAGGCCACAGUCCCGGGACCAGACCAACGACAUCGCCCUCCUCAGGCUCUCGCGCGACGUCGCAUUCACGAACUACAUACGCCCUAUCUGUCUGCCGGAAAGCACCUCGCUGACGGAGAGGUUUUUCCACAUUGCAGGCUGGGGAAAGACGGAGACCAGGUCCGAGUCUGACGUCAAGCUGAAGCUGAAGGUGCCCCUCGCCGACACGGCCAGUUGCGCUAACACGUACCAGGCGGCGUCGAUCCGCCUCGGAGAAACUCAAAUUUGCGCCGGAGGUGAGCGGGGACGCGACUCUUGCCGGGGCGAUUCCGGGGGACCCUUGAUGUCCGUGAAGAGGAGCAACGACAAGCUCCGGUGGACGGCCGUCGGAAUAGUCUCCUUGGGUCCGUCACCUUGCGGCAUGGAAAACUGGCCGGGUAUAUACACCAGGGUUGCCAGCUUCGUACCUUGGAUACUUUCUAAGAUUAGGGCGUAAUUUUUUCGUUUUCGGUGAUUUCUAUCUUUCCAUCCUCUCUACUUUUUCUUAUCUCAUGCUUAUAAUAUACUACUUUUGUACUACAGAUAUUAUACACAUACAGUUACGUGGUAACGAUAUAUUCGUCGAUGUAACUUGAACGUAAUUUAGUGAGAAUCUCGAGAUGAAUCUGGGAUUUGAUGUUGAACGAGAGAUACUCAUCUCUUAAUAUAGCCCUUAAACUGCCUGCUCAGAUCUGCAAGGCUAUGGUCUCGUGAUUACGGUUGUGCGGUGGAGAAAGAUCGAUACGAAACUUGUAGAAAAUUUUGCACACAAGUGUAAUGCCUGCCCCAUACAACACAGUCCCUAGUCUCGUCACGAUCUUUAAUAAUAAACGUGUUUACACUUCAA